GUCUGUCAUACAGGAAGACUUUGGAUACAUGAGUAAAAAGACAGUCAGUCCAGACUAACGUCAAAGUUUGAUAUUAGCUUCUCCGCUUUACUCGUCAGUCCAGAAGUAAUUAUUUUCGAAGAUGACGCGUUUCUGUGCAUUCAUAAUAGCAAUUUGACGUAUCAAAAGCGAGAGUUUCAUGGAUUGAUACAACGUGUCAGUGGAGACAAUUUCCUCUAAUCAAGAAGAACCGCAUGUCGCUCUGACUGGGAAAUUUACUUCGAGAUUGAAGUAGACCGAAAAAUGUCAGACAACAGGUCCAGUUUUCUCCACAUUGGAGACAUUGUGUCUCUUUACGCGGAAGGCUCUGUCAGCGGGUUCAUCAGCACUUUGGGGCUUGUAGAUGACCGCUGUGUGGUGCAGCCAGAGGCCGGGGACCUGACCAACCCUCCCAAGAAGUUUCGAGACUGCCUGUUCAAGGUAUGUCCCAUGAACAGGUACUCGGCUCAGAAGCAGUUUUGGAAGGCCAAGCAGGGUAAACAGGGCCACAACAACACGGAUGGGGACUUGUUCAAGAAAUUACAGCAUGCAGCAGAGUUGGAACAAAAGCAAAAUGAGACGGAGAACAAGAAGCUCCUGGGCGAGGUGGUCAAAUACAGCAAGGUUGUCCAGCUGCUCCACAUCAAGAGUAACAAGUACCUGACUGUGAACAAACGGCUGCCCGCUCUGCUGGAGAAGAACGCCAUGCGGGUGUCCCUGGACCCUGCUGGAAACGAGGGCUCCUGGUUCUACAUCCAGCCCUUCUGGAAGCUACGGAGCGAGGGGGACAAUGUGGUGGUGGGGGACAAGGUGGUCCUGAUGCCUGUGAACGCAGGGCAGCCUCUCCAUGCCAGCAACAUUGAGCUGCUAGACAACCCUGGUUGUAAAGAGGUGAACGCCGUGAACUGCAAUACCAGCUGGAAGGUUACCUUGUUCAUGAAGUUCAGUGACUACAAGGAGACUGUCCUCAAAGGGGGCGACGUAGUGCGGCUGUUCCAUGCGGAGCAGGAAAAAUUCCUGACAUGUGAUGAGCACAGGGGCCAACAACACAUUUUCCUGAGAACCACCCUCAGGCAGUCAGCCACGUCCGCUACCAGCUCCAAAGCACUCUGGGAAAUAGAGGUUGUGCACUAUGACCCCUGCAGAGGAGGGGCCGGACAGUGGAACAGCCUCUUCCGCUUCAAACACCUGGCCACUGGAAACUACCUCGCUGCCCAAGUGAAUCCGGAUUUCCGGGACGAUAGCGUCGACUCUAAAGGAGAUACUGAGACGGAUAUCGUGUUCUCCAAGAGAAAGCGUCAGGCGGCAGAGAAGAUUGCCUACACCCUGGUGUCUGUUCCCCAUGGCAACGACAUCGCCUCCCUGUUUGAGCUGGACGCCACCACACUGCAGAGGGCUGAUUGUCUGGUGCCUAGGAACUCGUACGUGAGGCUGAGGCACCUGUGCACCAACACCUGGGUCACCAGCACCAACGUCCCCAUCGACCUUGAGGAGGAGCGGCCUGUCAUGCUCAAGAUUGGCACCUGCCCCACUAAGGAGGACAAGGAGGCCUUCGCCAUCAGGUCUGUCCCCUUGUCCGAGGUCCGGGACCUGGACUUUGCCAACGACGCCAACAAGGUCCUGGAGUCCACAGUCAAAAAGCUGUGCCAUGGCAACAUAGCCCAGAAUGAGAGGAGGUUCGUGACCAAGCUCCUGGAGGACAUGAUCUUCUUCGUGUGCGAGGUUCCCAACAACGGCCAGGACGUCCUCUCCGUGGUCAUCUCCAACCCCAACAGGGAGAGGCAGAAACUGAUGAGGGAGCAGAACAUUCUAGCGCAGAUCUUCGGCAUCCUGAAGGCUCCGUUCACAGAUCAGGGUGAUGGUCCCAUGCUGAAGCUGGAGGACCUGGGAGACCAGCGCUACGCCCCCUUCAAGUACCUGCUGUCCCUCUGCUACAGGCUGCUGAGACACUCUCAACAGGACUACCGCAAGAACCAGGAGUACAUAGCCAAGAAGUUCUCCAUCAUGCAGUCCCAGAUAGGCUAUGAGAUCCUGGCAGAGGACACCAUCACAGCUCUGCUCCACAACAACCGCAAGCUGCUCGAGAAGCACAUCACCUCCAAGGAGAUCGAGACCUUCGUCAACUUGCUGCGACGCAACAGGGAGCCCAGGUUCCUGGACUACCUAUCAGACCUGUGUGUGUCUAACAAAAUGGCCAUCCCAGUCACCCAGGAGCUCAUUUGUAAGUUCAUGCUGAACCCAAUCAACGCUGACAUCCUGAUCCAGACCAAACUGAUCCCUAAUACAGAGCCCAGUCUGGAGUCGUCCCUGAUGCAGGAGGAUGGGGAGGACGAGGAGGUGUGGCUCUACUGGAUAGACAGCCACAAGGAGCCGCAUGGCAAGUCCAUUCGUCACCUGGCCCAGGACGCCAAGGGCAACCACAAGAUGGACAUGGACAUUAUCACCUACUACAGGUACCAGUUGAACCUCUUUGCUAAGAUGUGUCUGGACCGCCAGUACCUGGCCAUCAACCAGGUGUCCGUGCAGCUGCCCGUGGACCUGAUCCUGCGCUGCAUGUUUGACGACUGCCUGCCCUACGACCUCCGAGCCUCCUUCUGCCGCCUCAUGCUGCACAUGCACGUGGACCGCGACCCCCAGGAGGCCGUGGUGCCCGUGCGCUACGCACGCCUCUGGACCGAGAUCCCUUCUAAGAUCACCAUCCACGACUACGCGUACGAGUGCACGGACACGUCCAGGGAGGAGAUGAAGAGGAAGUUCGCCCCCACCAUGGAGUUUGUGGAGGAGUACCUCAAAGACGUGGUCGGCCAGCCUUUCCCUUUCGGAGACAAGGAGAAGAAUGAGCUGACCCUAGAGGUGGUCCACCUGGCUCGUGACCUGGUCUAUUUUGGCUUCUACAGCUUCAGUGAGCUCCUUCGGCUCACGCGCACCCUGCUGGCUAUUCUGGACAUCGUCCAGCACCCCCUCACCUUCAUGGCCAAGCUCAACAAGGGCCCGGAGGCCGGCAACAACGUGCUGCGCACCAUCCACGGGGUGGGGGAGAUGAUGACUCAGAUGGUUCUGAGCCGCGGUCACAUCCUCGCCCCCAGUCUCCCGGACACGCCCCCCUCCAUCCGAAGCGGGUCGCCUCAACGCCUGUCCGACAACGAGGACGUCAUGGUGAUGGAUACCAAGCUCAAAAUCAUUGAGGUUCUGCAGUUCAUCCUGAGUGUGCGUCUGGACUACAGAAUCACCUACCUGUUGUCCAUCUAUAAGAAGGAGUUUGGAGACAGGAGUGUGAUGGACAGCUCUCUCUCCGUGGCUGACUACCCCACCAUGUCAGUUCCGGAGCCCGACAUAGAUGAGAUCGCAGCUAAGGCAGAGGCCAUGUUUGCCGGCAGUUCCGGUACUGAGCCCAGUGCUGUGGAGCUGGAUGAUGAGGGAGGCCGGACGUUCCUCCGGGUUCUGAUCCACCUGAUCAUGCAGGACUACCCCCCGCUGGUGUCCGGCUCCCUGCAGAUCAUCUUCAAACACUUCAGCCAGCGGGACGAGGUCUUGCAGGCCUUCAAACAGGUCCAGUUGCUGGUGUCGGAGGAGGAUGUGAAGAACUACAAGCAGAUCAAGGCUGACCUAGACCAGCUGCGUCUGACGGUGGAGAAGUCGGAGUUGUGGGUGGAGAAGAGCGGAGGCUACGGCACCGAGGACCUGGGAGAGGGCCAGAGCAAGGAACAGAACAUGGAGGAGGUGGGGAUACUCAGCCCAGUGCAGGAUGGGAAUGUGAAGCCUCAGAUAGACAGCAACAAAGACAACAACUACAUCAUCGUCAAGGACAUACUGCUCCGCCUCAGCAAGCUGUGCUACCACAGCAAGAAGAGUCGUGUGCAGCAGCAGAGGCUGCUGAAGAACAUGGGAGCCCACGUGGUCCUGGACCUGCUGCAGAUCCCCUACGAGAAGAGUGAUGAGAAGAUGAAUGAGGUCAUGACCCUGGCCCACGUGUUCCUCCAGAACUUCUCUAAAGGGAACUCCCAGAACCAGGCUCUGCUGCACAAACAUCUCAACCUGUUCCUCACUCCAGGGCUGUUGGAAGCAGAAACCAUGCGUCACAUCUUCAUGAACAACUACUACCUCUGCAAUGAGAUCAGCGACCGGGUGGUCCACCACUUCGUCCACUGCAUCGAGACCCACGGGCGGCACGUCCAGUACCUGCGCUUCCUGCAGACCAUUGUCAAGGCGGACGGGAAGUACGUCAAGAAGUGUCAGGACAAGGUCAUGACGGAGCUGGUGAACGGCGGCGAGGACGUCCUGGUGUUCUACAACGACCCGCUCGUCCUUUACUGUCAAGGGCCCUGCCAUGAGAACCAGUCCUGUAUAGCCAAACACGAGUCCAACGGCAUUGAUAUCAUUAUCGCUCUGAUCGUCAACUCCAUUAACCCUCUGGAAACACACCGCCUCGACCUGGUCAUGGGGCUCAAGAACAACGCCUCCAAGCUCCUGUUGGCCAUCAUGGAGAGCCGCCACGACAGUGAGAACGCAGAGAAGAUUCUGUUCAAGAUGAGGCCCAAUGAGCUGGUGGAUGUGAUGAAGGAGGCCUACGCCCAGGGUCUGGAGGAUGACUGUGCUGGAGACCUGAUCAACCCCAUAGACGUAGGACACAACAUCUAUAUCCUAGCACACCAGCUUGCCCGCCACAGUAAGACCCUGCAGCAGAGUCUGAGGCCUGGAUCUGGACCCGACACGGACCAGGAAGGGGAAGACGCCCUCUGUUACUAUGCCAACCACACCGCCCAGAUCGAGAUUGUGCGUCACGACCGCACUAUGGAGCAGAUUGUGUUCCCCGUCCCCAACAUCUGUGAGUACCUGACGGAGGAAUCCAAGGUCCGUGUCUUCACCACCACCGAGAGGGACGACCAGGGCAGCAAAGUCAACGACUUCUUCCACCAGUUGGACGACCUCUACAACGAGAUGGAGUGGCAGAGGAAGAUCCGCAAAAAUGCGGCGAUGUUCUGGUUUGCGCGGCACAUCUCCCUGUGGGGCAGCGUGUCGUUCUACCUGGCCGUGCUGGUGAACGUGGCCGUGGCCCUCUUCUACCCCUUCGGUGACGACGGUGACGAGGGUGUCCUGCCCCCGUUGGUAUCUCUGCUGCUGUGGGUGGCGUUGGCCGUGAGCACAGCCAUGUUGCUGCUCCUGCCCAAGCCAGCUGGCAUAGUGCCCUUCCUGGUGAUGGUCAUUCUACGCUCCAUAUACACCCUGGGCCUCGGCCCCAGCCUCAAACUGCUGGGAGCUGCCAACCUCCUAAACAAGCUGGUGUUCCUGGUGAGCUUCAUGGGGAACCAGGGCACGUUCACGCGAGGGUACAGAGCGGUGAUCAUGGACAUGCUCUUCCUCUACCACGUGACCUACGUGAUCGUCUGCAUGCUGGGGCUCUUCAUCCACGCGUUCUUCUACAGCUUCCUGUUGUUUGAUUUGGUGAACCGCGAGGAGACACUGCUGAACGUCAUCAAGAGUGUGACACGCAACGGGCGCUCGAUCAUCCUGACGGCAGUGCUGGCCCUCUUCCUCGUAUACUUCUUCUCCAUUGUCGGCUUCCUCUUCCUCAAAGACGACUUCAUCAUGGAGGUGGACCGUCUCCCUCCUACAGGAAAACUGGCCUCCCUGGCCAGCAGAGAAGAAGCAGGAGGAGGAGCUGAGACUUGUCUGAAAGAUGGCUGUCCUGACGCUUCAUCCAGUAUUCCUGUGCUGGUGGAGGACGGGGGGACGGAGCGUGUGUGUGACACCCUGCUGAUGUGCAUCAUUACCGUGCUGAACCAGGGCCUGAGGAACGGAGGAGGGGUUGGAGACGUGCUCAGGAGACCCUCCAAGAUGGAGCCUCUGUUCUACGGCCGCGUGGUGUACGACCUGCUGUUCUUCUUCAUCGUCAUCAUCAUCGUCCUCAACCUCAUCUUUGGAGUCAUCAUCGACACGUUCGCCGAUCUGAGGAGCGAGAAACAGAGGAAGGAGGAGAUCCUGAAGACCACCUGUUUCAUCUGCGGUUUGGAGAGGGACAAGUUUGACAACAAGACCGUGUCGUUUGAAGAGCACAUCACGUCCGAGCAUAACAUGUGGCACUACCUCUGCUUCCUGGUUCUGGUGCGGGUGAAGGACCCUACAGAGUACACCGGACCCGAGAGCUACGUGGCCCAGAUGAUCAAGGAGAAGAACCUGGACUGGUUCCCCCGCAUGCGGGCCAUGUCUCUGGUGAGCAGCGAGGCGGACGGCGAGCAGAACGAGAUGCGCUCGCUGCAGGAGAAGCUGGACGGCACCGUUACCCUGGUGACGCAGCUGUCGGCACAGCUGUCUGAACUCAAGGAGCAGAUGACGGAGCAGAGAAAGAACAAGCAGAGGUUGGGCUUCCUGGGGCCCUCCCAGCACAUCCCUGCCCCCCACUGAGACCCCCCACUGAGGGCCCUGGGGUCACGGCCCGGGGAGCGCCCAACAAUCAGCUCAAAGACAGAGGCUGGAGGGACGCAAACCAAACACACACACACAAUGCACAAUCACGCACGCAUAGACACACACACACACACUCUCUCUCUCUCUCUCUCUCUCUCUCUCUCUCUCUCUCUCUCUCUCUCUCUGUCUGUCUGUCUCUCUCUCUCUCUCUCUCUCUCUCUCUCUCUCUCUCUCUCUCUCUGUCUGUCUCUCUCUCUCUCUCUCUCUCUCUCUCUCUCUCUCUCUCUCUCUCUCUCUCUCUCUCUCUGUCUCUGUCUCUGUCUCUGUCUCUGUCUCUGUCUCUCUCUCUCUAACACACACGCAUACACACAGUUUUGGCGACCUGGCUGUCUCUCCUAUGAGUCGUGCUAGACAGCAGGUCUGGCUGUCUCUCCUAUGAGUCGUGCUAGACAGCAGGUCUGAGUGAGGUGCCAGCCACAGCUCUUUGUCCAUGUGUUGGCUCAGAUGGACAGGUGCGUGGUCAGCUUGGGUCAUCCACACCCUUUAUCUCGGUUCUAACAAGCCUAAAUGGUUCAGUCUAAUUGUGAGAAAGGAAGACUGUGGCAGUAUACUGGACAGGGAUUGGUUGUUCAGGAUGCCUUUUAGAGUACUGACUGCUCCUUGUUUAAUAGAUUGACACUCUUAGCUAGGAGUGAGUGAGUCAUUUAACAUGAAGUAUUCUCCUCUUAAACUUUAAUAUUGUCUGUUUUGUUAAUGUGUCAUCUCACCUGGUGAAGUGCAAUCCUGCACUUUUAAAGAAAAUAAACUCUUAACAUGCAACUGGAGAGGUCGAAAGAGCUUGAAUCAUGGUUCCUCAGUGCGGUAACGCUAUUGCAUCAUGGUUGAGUACUUCAGUUAAGGCCCUACUUGGCUUUGUACAUACCCUAUAAAUAACAGUGUCGGAAGAUAAUCUGAUUAUAUACGUGGAAUUUACUUGAAAGGCUGUGCGUGUCUUAAACCUACAUGGGAACAAAAUUAUGAUGAUGAUAUUCUGACUGUUGUAGCUUCAACUCAAGGACAGUGGACAUAUUACUGUAAUACUGCAAGACUGUGUCCACUUGCCCGCCUCUCUGUCUGUGCAUGCAUGCAUGCAUGUCUUUCUGUUUUGAAUGUGUUUUUUUUAACAAUUUCUGAGCUCCACAGAGUCCAUCUCAAUAGUAAUCAUCAUCGUGGAAAAUAAUAUAUUGUAAUGCAGUGGAUGUGAAAGGAUGUUUUAGUGUUGCACAACUACACAAGUGAUUGUAAGCUCAUGCACUUGAGAGUUAAAUGACCUUUGACACAUUCUUUAAGAUGAUUGUGUACUUUGUUUUGCUAAAAUGUCAUAUUGUAUUAAAUUUAUGACGAGAAA